GUUUCCUCUUGAUCCGUGAUCCCUUCGUCUCUCUUCCGCGUUUACCCCUGUAUGUAUUUAUGUGGGCCUCUGUGAGUGUUUGAAACAACAAACAAUCAAACCGUUAACGCCAACCAGAAGCGAAAAGCACGGUAAAACAAACGAUAAAUAACAAAUUCGUUUUCUUGUAUACAAUCACAAAUGGCGGAUAAUAAAAAUCACUGAAAAUCAUUGAAAGAAGCCAUUCGCUUUCGUACGCAAAUAAUUCAUUGCAAAAUUCUAUUGAAAAAUUAAAAAAAAAAUCUCAUUGCGAUGAGAAACGAAGAGAAGAAAUUUUCUUUCUAGAAUCCGAAAGAACACGAAGUCUUAAAUGAGGAAAUUAAGAAAACGCUUAAAAUUUUCACGUUGAUACCCCAAAGAGGCUGAUAAUGAGUAAGGAGGAGAGCAGCGGCGAAACAAAGCCGCAAGAUGCAUCCGCGCCAGAUGUACAGGCGGAUGUAUCGUCGAAAGAUACGAAUGCGGAGAUUUACGAAAAUCGCGGGACUAAGAAAAUCAUCCGCGUAGUAACUGUGAUGGCCUAUCUGUUCUCAGUGAGUUUUGUAGGUAUUCUUUUAAGCGCCUAUUACUUAUUUUUAUGGGAGCCACCGAAUCCGAGAUUGAUAGAGCGAGGAAGACAGCGGGCGGAUCCGCAGAUGCAGUUUCUGAUGGCCACCAUGCCUUCAGAGAAAACAGAUUUGAAGAAGGAAGGGAACGACUUCUUUUUAAACACUGAUAUAAAUCAUGCGAACAAACCUUUUCUGGGUCGCAUGACGUAUGGCGCGUACGAUGGGGAUGAUUCUAAUGGAGUCAAUUCUCAGGACAGGAAACAGAACUGGCUAAACGCGCUGUUGCUGAGGCUGAAACACUCACUUGUGGAAGCUCAGAAUCAAAAUCUAUCGAAACAUGCAACAGCGAUUUCUGGAUUCAAUAAUUCGUCUAUCAAAGUAGAAAAGAUGCUCAACUCGACAAAGAUAAUGGAAAACUCUAUCUCGAAUAAAUUGCAGAAAAACAUUACUCGAAGUAAUAAUAUUGAUUUGCCUCAAAAAUUCACGGAUUCUGUAAAUGUGCUGGACAGUGAAAGUACGCAGACAUCAAAAGCCGCGACUGUACGUAAAAGUAAAAUAAAACAGAAAAAUUUCAAUGAAAGAUCUAUUAUCAAUUCUAAUCUCAUUAUCGAUCACGAGAAUCAAAAACUUUCAAAAAUCGACGAUAUAAAAGAAUUGAUAAAACAAAAUGAAACUGAUGAUCGUCAAUUGAUCAAUGAUAAUCGAAAAAACGAUGCAAACAAUGUACGCACGAUCACUAAGUCGAAAGAAUAUGCAGAAGAUGUUACGAAGCGUUUUGUGUCUACAAAUGUCAGCGUUAAUAAUCUAAAUUUCCGACAAAAUUAUUCCAGCAAUAAUGAAUAUCUCACGAGCAAUCACAUCGAAAAGAUUAUGCGCAAUGAAGCAUCGACCAUCUCGUCAUCUCAUGAUUCGGGAUACAUCCAUAACAAUCCGGAAUUCCAUCAACUAUCAGAUGAUCAGACUGUCGUAACGAGAAAUUCCGAAGAAACACAGCUCGAAAGGAUGACCGCGAAAUUUAAGACGAUAAAUAAUGAACAGCUGGAGGAAGCGGAUAUAUCGAGCACGCAACGACAGAAGGGUCUUUUGGAAAUCUUGACGGAAACCACGGAUAUCGAGAAAACGUCUAUUGAGUUUACGUCGGUUCCGACAGUACAGGAUUAUCGCAAUUUCACUAGCACUGUAAACAUUGACGAUAGCGAUAGCGUCACAUAAACAAAUACUAGAUUUUUAUACUUUCUAACUUGAACGUGAAAAUAUAAACUAAAGGGAAGCCAAAUUAGUAAUCGCUAAUAGAGUAUUAACACCUAUUACUAUGUUCAUAGAAAUGCGAUUUUUUUCACUCUAAGGAAAAAGAACGUUAGAAAUCGUAUUGAUUUAAAUUGGCAAAAUAACAAAUUUUGUAGAGAUUAAAAUCACUUUCUGAGACACAGUUAUAAAAGUUAUAAUAAAAAUAAACUAAUUAGAAACAUAAAUAAUUUAGAAAUGUCUAAUGAUACUAUCAUAAUGAUAAAAUCAACAUAUAAUAAUAAUAAAUAAUAAAAUCAUAAGCAAAAUUCAGAUAUUCUAUCGUAAACAAAUCAUUUCUAUCAUAAAUUAAUUUUAAUUUUAUGUUAAUUAUAUAUUAUUAUAUAUUUCUAAAUUAAUCUAUAAUAUAAAUUAGAUAAAUGUAAUCUUUCGUAAAAGUUAUUUUUUUCAAAUUUCUUG